CAUUUUUUUCAGCUGUCAUGAUAUUAUUCUGCUAAAUGCACUUAUUUUCUAUCCUUCAGCAAACGGAGGACUCCCCCGACGCCAAAAGGCCGACAGGAGCUCAGCAGGUGUUGAAUCUGCAAAACAUUUGAGGGUCGGCAUGACAAAGACAACUGCCCUGUGAACCCCUCGGAAUCCUCCGGGAAGACCUGGACAGAGUGGCUGGGGAGUGGGAAGUCUGGGCUUCUCUGCUUAGGCUGCAGCCCCCGCGACUGGAUGGAUGGUUGGAGGCCCUUUCCUGUCUGACAGCAUGAUGAUGCGCCGUCGCGGUGUCGCUGUUUUUACGCGCGGAGAAGCGUGUUGAGGCAACACAGGCAGGGACUACAUUGAAGCAGAAACGGUGUGAAGACCGAAAGACCCAACUAGUCAUGAAGCCUCGGUGGUCAUGUGACCUAUUUGUGACAACCUGGCAUGGACUCCUGGACUUUGCCUCCUGCAGGACAACUCAUGAAAGCUGGCAAGUCGCAAUCAUGAGGGUCUUUGUGCUUUUGGCUUUGGUCGUCUUCUCUGGCUGCAAUGCCAACCUUUUUCACGCCGAUGCUCCCAAGCCUCAGCUGGAGGUUCUGACCGACGCCUUCUGGGACUACGUGGCCAAGGCCACCCAGACGGCUGACGACACCCUGCAGAUGAUGAGGAAGUCUCAGUUCGGAAAGGAAGUCAACGCUCGUCUGGCCGAGAGCGCCGACAUGGCCAGCAAGUACGCCAGCACCUUGAAGGAGAACCUCCCCUCCACCGCCGAGGAGCUGAUGACCAAGAUCAGCUCGGAGGCCGACGUCUUGAGAAAUGUGCUGAGCCAGGAGCUGAGUUCCGUCCGGCAGAAGCUGGAGCCUUUCACCGAGGACAUGAAGACCCAGAUCCGGCAGCGGGUGGAGCAGCUCAAGCAAGAGUUGGCCCCCUACGCCGACAGCCUGGACUCGGACGCGCUGAGAGAAGCCCUCAAGCAGAAGAGCGAGGAGCUGAAGGCCAGCCUGGAUAUGAGCGCCCGGCAGCUGCAGGAGCAGCUGGGACCUUACACCGACAACCUGAAGGAGGCGGUGGACCAGCACCUGGUCAACUUCCAGCACAGCAUGGCCCCCAUAGCCGACAACCUCCAGUGGGAGCUGAGUCACAGGGCCCUCCUGGUGGAGCAGAUGGUGGCGCCCUAUGCUGAAGACCUGAGGGAGAAACUCAACCCCUUGGCCCAGGACCUCCAGGACAAGCUCAUGGCCCUCUACCAGUCCUUUGCUCGUGUCUGAAAACAACCAAGAACAGCAGGAACUUCAUCAAUGAAACGUCCCAAUGUGCUGUAAUGUAAGGGUCAAUUACUCAACUAUUUAUUGUUCUUAUGGUUUUUUUAAGGUGUAAUAAACACAAUUGUCAUCAACUAAA